AUGGUAGCAACUCUACCAACAACUUCAGCUAUGGUGGCAGCUUUGGUACUAACAAUGGUAUUGGUGAAUUUAGCAGUGGACAUGCCUUGGGUGGUAGCAACAACGACAACUCUCAACAACGGCAACCCUGCCGGCAACUUUGGCCGCGAUGGCGGCUUUGGUGCUAAUCAUAGUGGAUUUAGCGGUGAAUGCGCCUUGGGUGGCAGCAACAACAGAAACUCUGCCAGCAACUUCGGCUACGGUGGCGGAUUUGGUGCAAACAGUGGUGGAUUAAGCGGUGGACACGCCUCAGGUGGCAACAACAACAGAAACUCUGCGAGCAACUUCGGCCAUGGUGGUGACACCGGUGCCAAUAGUGGUGGAUUUGGCAGUGGACAAUUUGGUGCCACUUGUGGCAGAUACAACGGCAAUCCUAGCAGCAACUUUGUCAACAAGACUGCAUCUGUAGGUUCUGGUGGCAGCGGUAGCAAGGCCAUGGGCUACGGAGCUAUCCAGGUCCAGUACCACGGCCAAGACGAUCUGUUGGGUGAUGACUUCUUCAACGAGGAGAGGUACAGAAGCAAUCGAGCAUAA